AUGUUCAGGGCCGCUUCUACCGGAGAAAAGUUCUCACUUCUGAGAGUUACAGUACCAAGGGUACUGGCAAAUCUCCUUUCCAAAAAGGCAACUAAUCUGCCAAAUUUCUUUCACCUACAUUUGAGCGUUUCAGGGUUGUGUGAAGGUUCUUCGUAUUCCUUUUCGCCCACUACCGAUCAGGUACUCACUGGUGGCCUUUGCACAAUGACCUUGGCGUUCUUCCAGGGAGCGCCUCUCGGCAGAGUUGCGACCCAUCGAGCGACUUUUCGCCGCAAAGACGCAUUGAGCAGGAGAACGCCUCCAAUCGCAACGCCUAUCCAGAUGAAAAAAAGGGAUGGCUCAUUGCCAGGGAACCCAAAUGCGAAGACCCACACAGUUACAGUACACGAUCCUAAGAAUGAUCGAGUUUUAAAAUAUCAAGUUCCGGAGGAUCGGUAUGUUUGGCAUGGCAUGUCGGAUCAGGACGCUGAUAUUCCUUCCUCAUGUCUAAAUGGGUGUUGUACCACUUGCGCGGUGAAAAUAACUUCAGGGGAAGUCGACCAAAGUGAGGCAUUGGGCUUGCUCAAGGAAAUGCGCGACCAGGACUACGCGCUUCUUUGUGUAAGCUAUCCGAAAAGUGAUAUUGAAUGCGUUCUGCAAGACGAGGACGAGGUGUAUGUCAAACAAUUCGGUUCCUCAUUUGAGUCGGGUGGAGUAGAAUGGGGCGGGGUCGUCCCAGAGGACGACUGA